AAGAGGCACCAAAACACGGAGUAUAUGCGCCUCUCCACAACAUACCCUCCUUUAAAACCCUCUACUUACGCCUGCCAUAUACAAUGGCACCCAUAACAAUCCCCCAAUUCCUCCUCCCUCGCGGGAUACCUUCCUCCCGAACCUUGCACGCCCUAACCCGCCGCCGCAACCCGAGCACCCUCGCAACCACAGUCCCCUCCUCGCGCCGUUGCGCCUCAUCAGACGACGGCAGCAAACCGCGCGUGCUCGCCAAACCAGACAAGUUCCGACCUCCCUCGCACCCCGCGCGCCGGGUGGUGCCGACCCGCAAUGGCAGGGUAGUCAGCGGACCGAUCAACUACCCCGGCCCACGACUCUCGGAGAAGGAGAAGGAGGAGCAGAAGACCAGGGAGUACCCGAAUAUGUUUCCGCCCGAGGGGACAAUCAUGUACAAGUUUCUGACGAGCCGGUGGAUUCAUAUAUGGAUUGCUAUGGGCGUCCUUACCUCGCUGGCUACAUUCACCUUCACCACGAACUUCAAGCACUCCUCGCCGUAUGCGCACUUGCUGCCGCCGUGGUCUGCGCUCUUGACUCACCCGAUCGACACGAUCGGACAGGCGCUUACCGUCUUCCGCAUGCAUGUGCAGCAUAACUCGAUGGAGACGAGAGAGAAGCGGCUCAAGCGGGUCGAGGAUGCGGAGAAGAGGCGGCAGUAUCGGAUUGCGCAUGGGUUAGAAGAGCCGGAUGAGAAGACUGAGCGACAGACUGCGGAGGUGGUCGAUGAUCAGUCGCCGGUCGCGGUCGAUGCUCCUGCGGUUGGCGCGGAAGAAUACGUUGACUGGGAAGGGAAGAAGAGGCCUGCCAAGAAGUGGCUUGGUAUCUGGUAGACUGUUGCCGGGCGGAUGGAGAAUGAGUUUGGUGGGUUAGGAACCCGGAUCAGCGCUGUAUAUUAGAUUGCUAUGAUGCUUGCUUUUGACGUUGUGUCUACCCAUGCAUUGUUCUAUGUGUACAUGUCAGGAUAUAUCUUCUGGUCAUCAUGUCUGUUUCGCAUCCAGAGAACCGGCAUAGACCUGGCAUAUCAGUCCUUAUUUGAAGCGCCAGACCCCUUUCUCCCACACAGCAGGCCCAUCUGUUUUCGCUUUACCUGCAGC